GAUGGAUUUUCAGCCUGGCUGACUCCUAUUUAAAAAAAAAAAAAAAAUUGAAAAAUCGUGAAAAAGAAAAAAAGAGAAGAAAGUGAAAGGGUGGAGCCCUAAUUCAAAUCUGCUAACCACCGCCCACCUCUCCCUCUCCAGCCAAUCUCGCCGGAUACCUCUCAUCGCCGUCCACCAAACGUCGCCGACCGCCACCAGCCAUCGCCGCCGGACUCCACUUGUCGGCCAUCCCUCUCAGCCGACCUCAACAUUUCGUCACAGUUCAGCGCGAAGGUUCGCGCCUUCCCUCCUCGCCACUGAACGCCUCUCCACCGUCGUCCAUAUCUCUCAUCUAUCAGUUCCUCGCCGUCGACGAUAGAGCCGCCGUCGCCGCUGCUCAGCGCCGGUCUCUGCGUGAAUCAGUCGGCUGAAAAAGGCGCAGCCUUGAGUUCUCCAGUCGCUCCCGUCUCCGACCAGCUCAGCCACCCAGCGCGUCGCCAGAUUCAGACGCCGAGUCCACGCACAGCGCGACUUUUCUCCGGCCAGAGAGCGGCCAUCUUUGCUCGCCGUUUGCACUUCCGAUCUGUUGCUCCUGUUUCGGCUUCAAUCCAGCCGCCGUCAGCAAUCCAACACUAACACUUGAAGUGUUUUUCACUCUUGUAGCCACCAUUCCUAUUUGUCCAUCAUUAGCUCAGUCAUGGGACGAACGAAGACAAGACCCGGCACUACUUCUAGAGCUCCGAUUGAGCAACCCGAACCUAUGGACGAAGAUGCUACACCGCAAGAUAUCCGUGAAGAAUUCCAUGCACCUUUUGCUAUCUUCAAUGAUGACGAAGGGAAAGAUCAAGGAAAUAAAGUUAAUGCCAAUGAAGUUUUCUUGUUGUCGAGUGCAAAGCGGAAGGAGAAAAUUUGUCCUAUAUACUUCAUUUGGUCUCAGCUUGAUCUUAUUAAGCGUCGGAGUGCUUUCCAUGUUUCUUUGACUCCAAUCAUAACAUGUUUAGCGAUUCAUUUCAAGCUUAUUCCAAGCGGCGCAGAAUUUGUUCCGGGGCAAGAUUCAACUGAUUUUCGGUUCAUUGAUGACAAAGAGCUUAUGAGGGGAAAUUUCAUCAAGGAUAGGCACACUAUUGUUCCCCAUCAUAAACGGCACUGCGUCAUCGAGUAUUCGAAUGCUAAAGCUGCCGCAGGCAUUGCACAAGGCGCUGGUCCAUCUUCUCAUUCAGACGACGAGGACGAGAAAGCUGAGGCGGAGCCCACUGCUUCACCCGAGCUAGCCCUCACAUACCCUGAUGCACCACUCACACAACACCAUUUUGAUGCAUCUAUGACUGCUUUUCAAUCUCAUUUUGACAAUGUCAUUGGUGAUUUUCGCAGAGUCCUGUUAGCGCGUUUGGAUACUCAGGAUCGGAGGAUAUCUGCAUUGGAGACUAGCUGGGAUUCUUGGACCCAGCGUUAUCCCCAUCCACCACCCGCGGGCGAUCAAUGAAUCACAUCGUUGCCGGCUCAUCGAUUUUCAGGGAAGUUUCGUUUUUCUCCUUUUCACUACUUCAUUGCACUUGAGCAUUGAGGACAUUGCUCAGUUUUAGUGUGGGGGGGUCGUUGUUUCUCAUGUGAAUUGAUGAGUUUGCGUGUGUUGUGAUUUUUGUUUUGUUUUGUUGAAAUGUGUCAGUAUUUGUGAAUCCCUGCAGUAAUUUAGUUUUGCAUAGUAGAGGCUUGAUUUAAGUUAGUUUGUUUUUGGUUGAGUCGGCUAGAUUUGAGUUGAACCUUUGGAAUUCAUUGUUGAUUGUGACUUAACUAAGAUGAGAUCAUUUUUAUACUUGUUGCUGUGGGGCAAGUUUAUGAAAUAUGAUUGAGGUGAUUUGUCCGGCUGAAAUUUGAAGGAGUGUUAUCAUUGCAGUUGCUUAAAUACUUGUCUCUAGUUCAGAAGUGUUCCAUCUUGUACGAAUUGAUUUGGUUGUAGUUCAUUCUUGAAAUUUUGUACUUGUUGGAAUUUGAGGAGUUGUUUAAAAAAAAAAAAAAGAAAAAAAAAAAGAAAAAGAAAGAAAAGAAUGAAAAAAAAAAGAAAAAAAAAAGUUUGAGAGUUUGGGAAUAAGAGGGAUGUUCCUCAUUUAGUUUUUCGUUAUUGUUGAAUAAAUAUAAAGAGACUUGUUGGUAAAAGCAGCUGCAUUAGGUAACUCACUUCUUAUGGGGGGCUGGGUCUGAUCCGAUUGAUUAUCUCAUAAACGAGUAACAUGCUUCGGGUUAAUUGUGAUUUUCAUUGAUGUUGGAAAAUGGUUGACCAUGGUUCUGAAGAGGAUAUGAUGUCUAUGUUGAGUUAACCGGAAAUGAAGUCUCUUAAGUUCAAACUCUACUACGUAGAACUAGAUUUUUGCUUGAGGACAAGCAAAUGCUUAGUGUGGGGGGAUUUGUUUCGUCGUGUUUAUGCCAUUGUCUAUUAUUAGUUUAGUCAUAUUUUAUUGUAAAAGUUGUGUAGAGUAGUGGUGAUUUCGUGUUAAUUCGAGCUUAAUGGUUAAUUGUGAUGCUUUAGGUGUUAAAUGAAGAAUGUCGAUGUUAAAGCAUUUGGAGAUUGUGAAGAAAGCUCACAACGACGCAAAAGAGAGUGUUUAAAACAUGCUAACCAUGGCUCACAAUGAAUCGAGGAUGAUUAGAAGAAGAUUGAGAAGAGAAGGCAGUGAGCCGCGGCGCACUAGCCAACCGGGUUGACUGCUUGAAGGAAAAUGGGCAGAAUGUGAAGUGAGCCGCGGCGCACUAGUCAACCGGGCUGACCCUGACAGUUUUCUGACGGGAUUUCUCAUAAGAUUGGCGGUUUUUAGAGAUUCAAAUACAUUUUUUUCACUUAGAACUUCCAUCUUUUUCCCUUUUUGAAGCAAGAACAA